GAUAGUAUCGAAACCAUCUCGAUUUACACGUCGAGUUUGACUGCUUCCGCGUGUUGUGAAUCUGGCGCGUUUAGUUGUCAAAACAACUUAUCGAGUUCCCGUUCAAAUUUUCUGUUAUUACUGCGAUGAACUGGAGAAAUCAUUUCUUGAUAUAACAUGGAAAAAAAUGAGGCAGAUGGGACAGUGUUGAUCCUUCAAGUUGAUGAACACGGGAAACAGCAGCAGUUUUCUUUUGAAAACGACCUUCAAGCAGUAACUGAGCUUGGGCUUGGUGAAGUAGAUGAAAGUAUCCUGGAUAACGGAAACCUCAUGGAUAAGCCAAUCAAGCUGGAGCACCUAGGUGAAGAUGACACCAUGAUCAUGCUGCCAGGUGACGACUGUGUGCUUGGAGAAGAUGGUGCGGCAACAGAUGAAGCAGGAAACCUGAUAUCAGUCGAUGGUGUUUUGGAUGGCAUGGAUUUGGAAAUGGUUGAAGAAAUUAGCCACCAGGAGGCAAUGUCACCAAAGUCUCAAGAUAAUGAGGAGCAUCAAGAAGAUGAUGAUGUGAUUGUUCAACAUAUGGACAUCAGGGAACCUUUAUCAACACUAAAAGAACUAUUAGAGCAACGAUUAGCUGUAGACCUAUCAGAUUAUGAAUUUUGGCUUCAGGAUUCUCAAGAGCUGGAGAGUCAUAAGAACUUAGUUGACCAAUGUGUCCAGGGUGAAGGUUUAGUUCAAGUUAACGUUCGGCUAAAGUCUGAUGGGAAGGUUAACAAAAUUAAUAUUGAAGAUGUCUUGAAGCCAGCAGAAGAUGGUGAAGUAGAGGAAACUGAAGAAAGCCAGGAAUCCCCUCGCAUUCCAUCUCCAACAAGUCCACCAUCCGCAAAUCCUGUACGGUGGAUUGUUGAUGCCAAAUUUAAAAAAGAGAUGGAAAAGCUUAACAUACCACCAGAUCCAAAUGAUUGGUCUGCAGCUCAAGUUCUUCACUGGCUGCAAUGGGCGGUCAGACAUUUCAGUCUUGUAGGAAUUCAAUUAAAAGAUUGGGCCAUAACUGGCGAAGAGCUAUGUAACCUUACUAUGGCACAGUUCCAAUCUAAAGUACCCCUUGAUCCUGGAGACUUAUUUUGGACUCAUUUAGAGCUUCUUCGGAAAUGCAAAUUUGUGGCUGUUGUCCACUCGAAACCGCACAGGGAACCAAAGGAAAAGUCUCACCCUCUAGCUAGCCAAAGUCAGACUUAUACAUUUUCCAAAAAAACGAAAACUCCAAGGGAAAGUCAAGGAAAACUGCAUGGCAAGCCUCGAUCUGCUCGGGCUGCUGGUUUGCCUCUAGGUUCAAUGGAUGCAACCACUAUUGGGUGUAACAAUCGCUCUGGGUAUAAUGGCCAAAUUCAGUUAUGGCAAUUUUUACUUGAAUUAUUAACUGACAAAGAACACAGAGAUGUGAUUCAAUGGCUUGGAGAUGAUGGGGAGUUUAAGCUGAUAAAUCCAGAGGUGGUUGCUCAGCUGUGGGGUGAGAGGAAAAAUAAACCUACGAUGAACUAUGAGAAGUUGAGUCGCGCACUCAGGUAUUAUUAUGAUGGAGAUAUGAUUUCAAAGGUGGCAGGAAAAAGAUUUGUAUAUAAGUUUGUUUGUGAUUUGAAACAACUAUUGGGGUACAGUGCAAGUGAAUUAAAUGCUUUGGUUGAAGAAUGUGAAAGAAAAGCCAUGGGUUUCAACCCUCGGUACAAUUUAUCACCAAUGCAUAUUUAAAUUUUUACCAUUAGAAUAGUCAUGUCACUGACAUGAUGUCCAUAUGUUACCUGAAGUUUCUACUUGUUUUUGAUUUUCAGUACCAGUCCCUCUUUUGUAAAGUUCCUUGUGUUUUUGGAAAUGUUGCAUAGCAUGUCUGUUCUUUUGGAUUAUCUCAAAGAACAUUUACUACAAGUGUUUUGGUCAAAUAUGUUUUAAAGCAGAAAUUGUUUAAGUUGCAUUUUCCUUUUUAAUAAAUGUUUGUAAUUUUUAUUUUAAUGUUUGCUAUAUCAUGUGCAAUAAAAAGAGUCAACUUAGCCAUUA